AUGGGUGGCUCGGGCACCCCGGCAUGGCUCAAGGCGGAAAAUAAGGCCUCAAAGAAGUCAGGAGGUGAUCAGAGCCCCGAGCUGGAGCCAAGGGCGCUCCUUGGCGGCGUGCUGGCGGCGACGGACAAGGGCACCAAGCGGGGCUCAGCGCCCUCAAAAAAGAGCGGCGCAGCAGGCCCGGGCGCGGCAAGCAUCGCCGCCAGGGAGGCGGCGGGCAGUAAGCCCGUGGCGCCUGCGGGCCAGCCCAUAAAGGUUCGCCACCCCUCGUCGCUGGAGGCAAUGCCGUUGAGCGAGCGGUUGCAGGUGGCCAAGGCGACCCUGGCCCAGGGAGUCGGAGAGGUUGAGGCAGGCAAGACGGCAGCGGCCCCAAAAAAGCGCAAGAGCGCGCCUACCGCGGCCGAACCGGCCGUGGGGGUAGACUCGGACGAUGACGGGGCGCUGUUGGUGCGCGACGGUGGCGCGAGUGCAGCAGCGCGCGGGAAGGGUGGCAAGAAGGAAGGCAAGAAGGCCCGUAAGUCGGCGCCUGCCGCCACAGCGGCGAGGCAGGUGAAGGAGGAGCGGCGCGACGAGGAAGCCGCGCCGGGCGGAAGUCAGCCGCGCGCCAAGCAGGCAGCGGGCAGCAGGGGCAAGGGCAAAGCAGGUGCGGCUGCAGCAGCGGCUGCGGCCGACGCAGCCGCCGCGCUGACAGCGCUCAAGAGCAGCGGCGGCAACAAGCACCAGCGGGAGGCUGAGGAGCAACCUGCCGCUGGCAAGCAGGCCAAGAAGAAGCAAAGCAAGGCCGACCAAGCGGCAGCAGCAGCCGCAGCAGCAGCGGCGGCGGCGGAUGCGGCGGCAGAAGCGGCAGUUGCAGCCAAGCAGGCCGCGCCGGGCCCCUCCAAGGCCGAGCGGGAGAAGAACUCCCGAAGCAGCAAAAGCUCCGGCGCGCAGGGCGCCAUCGCCAGCGCCGGGGCCGGCGCAGGGCCGGCAGCGGUGAAGGCGGCGAAGGGCAGCGGCAGCGGGUCCCAAGCCAGCCGCAAGCGCAAGGCCAGCAGCGGCGAGGUGGAGGGCGGCCAGGAUGACGUCUUGUCUGACGGCACAGCCCACACCACUUCCGGCAACAAGCGGGCGCGCAAGGGCGAUAGCGCUGGCCAGGCCGGUGGCGGCAAGCGCUCCAAGGGCAAGGGGUCGUCGCAGCAGGGGCGUGAGGAGAAGACGGAGGGUGUGGACAUUGCACCAGUGGCGAACACCACGCCGGCGGCGAGCGGCGGCAAAAGCGCCAGCCCAUGCGCCAAGGCUGCCAAGCAGGCGGGGCAGGAGCAGCAGCAGGCGGCUGGCAGUAAGAGCACCAUGCCGGCCGCCGCCGCGGUGCCUGCCCCGAAGAAGGGCCGGAAGGCCGCCUCCGCGCCCGCCGCCGCGCCUGGCGCGCCCCCGGCCGCGACAAAGGCGGCGGCCGCGGAGGGCGCGGCGGGCCCGUCGACGGGCGCGCCGGGGCGCGGUGCGGCCGGGGCCGGGGCGCGGGAGGAUGCUGACGGGGACGACGCGGUGGCGGCGCUGGUGGCGCAGGACGACCACGACUACAACAAGCUCAUGCGCCAGUACCGCCGCCUGCUGGAUAUGUACGGUUCCCUGAAGAGCCAGAAGAUUGGCCAGCUGGAGGCCCUGGUGGAGGAGCAGGACGCCAGCCUGGUGGCUGUGCGCGAGGAGGUGAAGAAGAGUGAGGAGUACUGGAAGCGCGAGGCCAAGAUGCAGCGCCAGGCCGCGGCCAGCGUGCAGGCGGAGGAGACGCAGCGGCGCAUGAAGUUCAUGCAGGACGAGCUCAUCAAGGCCAAGGCUGCUGUGCACGAGGCCGAGAAGGCGCUGCGGCUGCGCGAAAUUGAGCUGCUGGAGCGCGACAGGAGGCUGGCCGAGCUGGCGACCCAGGCAGAGGCCGGGGCCCCGCAGCCAGCGGAGAGCGUCGGCCUCGACCCAAUGUCAGCCGGCCCCAAGGCCUCUGCUGGCACCGCCCCCGGGCCAUCCCCGGGCGUCGGCGUGCAGUUCCCCACGCCCGCCGCGCCCUCACCCGGCGUGGGGGUGCAGUUCCCCACACCGUACGAGACCCCCGGCGGCGUGAACGCCGGCCUGUUUGGCGCAGGCCCCGCGGCCGCGGCCGCCGCCGCGGCCGCGCGCGGCAGGGGCAGCGCCGGCGGCGUCGGCGGCGGCAGUAGCGGCUUGCUGCCGUUCCGGCUGCAGGGCGCCGGGUCUGGCGACUCGUUUGCACCGCGCGGCGGCGGCGUGGGUGGUGCGGGUGCGCAGCAGCAGGCCGACAAUGCGCAGCAGGCCUCAGGGUCAGGCAGCCCCGUCCAGGGCCUGGUCGCCGGCCGCCGCGCCAGCGGCCGCGCCGCGCCCGGCUCGUCGCCGCUCCAGCUUGCCGUGGCGUCCAUCGCCGCGGCGGCCGCCGCGGACGCGGAGGCGGCGGGUGCGGGCGUGGUCGCGGGCGGCUUUGCGUUCACGGCCGGCGAGGGCGGCGGCGUGCCGCGGGGCAGGCAGCUGCAGCGCACGCCGGUGGGGGCGUCCCCGGAAGGCAGAGAGGCAAUGCUGCGAGACCUGCGAGCCCAGCUGGGGGCUGGCGGUGGAGCUGGCUGCAGAGGCGGUGCGCGCGCGUCGCUGGCGCCGCAGCCGCUGGAGGGCGCCGCCGGCCGCGGGCGGCCGUCGCUGGCGCAGCCGCUGGGGACGCCGCUGGCGGCGGCCCCGUCCCCCAUGCAACCGGGCCUCCGCGCCCCCGCCAACACGCCCGCCGCCGCCGCCACGCCGGUGCCACGCUUCUUCGAGCCCGCGGGCGCCCCCCUGGCCGCGGGCGCGCCCGGCCAGCUGCCGCCGCCGGCCCGGAGCGCCAGCUCCCACCGGAUGCGGCCGCGCGCCGGCGGGGAGGGCGGCGGCGAUGCGGGCACCCCGCUCAGCGCGCGGCGGACGCCGUUGCGCGGGGCGGCCGGCGGCGGCGGGCCCCUCGGCUCCCCAUGCGGCAGCCUCCGCGGCACGCCACGCGCCGCGGGCGGCAGCGCCAGCGCCAGCGCCGCUCUGGUGCCCAUCCGCUACCUCUUCGGCCUGGACGUGAGGGACCCCCCCGCGGGGCAGAAGGGCGUGCUGUACACACACAGAGCCACCGGCUUCACUUUCCAGCUGGGCCCCGUGGCCCCCACCACGGCCAGCAGCCUGGCGGCCGGCGCGACGGGCGACGGCGCGGCCGCGGGCGACGAGGGGGAGGGCAGCGUGGGGCAGGUCGGGUGGGAGGAGGACGCUGACGAGGAGGGCGCGGACGAGGUGGCGUUUGUGCCGCUGGACCUGGGCACUGCGGGCGACUGCCUGCCCGACUUCCUCAAGGAGCCGAUCUCUUUCGCUGCGUCGCGCAAGGAGCAGCUGGUCAAGAUCAUCUUUGACUCUCUGGCCAACGCCAAGAAGGCAAACCACGACGCCGGGCCCGGCAAAGAGAACGCAGCGGCGGCGCGCGACCGCGGCGGUGCGGCGCGAGCGGGCAAGGCGUCACGGGCGGCGGCCGGCGUCAACGGGGCCACCGCAUGA